AUGCCUUCCGAUCUCUCAUCAUACCUCGCGACGCGCUACCUAGUAGCAGAUCCGAAACCCUCCAAGAAGCGCAAGCGCAAGCAAGCCACCGAGACCCAAGGCCUCAUCAUCGCCGACGACGACGACAACGGCUGGGGCAACUCCACCGCACAGGACGACGACGCAGAAUCCGGACCGGCCCUCGUAUCAGGUACCACGGCGGAAUUUAGAAAGACCAAGAAAUCAAAUUGGAAGACAGUCGCAUCCUCCAAACCACAGGGCGAUAAUGACGACGACAGCGCUGCGGCAGCCGACGCGAUCAUCGCCUCAGCGGCGGCAGAGAACGCAGCAGCCAGAAAUGCAGACGACGAGAUGCCCGUAAUAGAGGGCGGCGACGAGGCCAACGUAGUCAAAAUGAGCGACGGCACACACGCAGGUCUCCAGAGCGCCGCCGCCGUCUCGGCGCAACUACGCCGUCGCCAGCAAGCAGAAGAAGCCGAGUUCGCCAAGCUCAGAAAACACGGCAAAGAAGAAGAGACAGUCUACCGCGACGCCACGGGCCGGCGUGUCGACGUCUCCAUGAAGCGUGCGGAAGCGCGAAAGCUCGCGCUCGAGGCGGAAGAGAAGGAACGGCAGGCGAAGCUGGCGCCCAAGGGUGAUGUGCAGCUGGAAAAUGCGCGCAAACGAAGGGAGGCGCUGGAGGACGCCAAGCUGAUGACGUUUGCGCGGACUGCGGACGACGAGGAGAUGAAUAACGAGUUGAAAGAGCAGGAGCGGUGGAACGAUCCGAUGGCGCAGUUCUUGAGCGAGAAGACGAGCGGCGCAGGCGCAGGUGUAAAAGGCAAAAGGGGGAAGAGGAGGCCAGUGUAUGCUGGUGCUGCGCCGCCGAAUCGAUAUGGUAUCAAGCCGGGGUAUAGGUGGGACGGUGUCGAUAGGAGUACUGGCUUCGAAGGGGAACGGUUCAAGGCGAUUAACCGCAAGGAGCGGAAUAAGGGCCUCGACUACGCUUGGCAGAUGGAUGAAUGA